UAUCUUCGACUCCAACUGAAAUCGUACCAACGUUUAUGUGAUCGUGAGUUUUCCUAUUAUGAAAGUGUCUUAGAAGCUUUGGAGCGGUCCCAACCUAACGUUGAUUAUGAGCAAUCUAUUAAAUCGAUUUCAUUUCGCUUAAAGUCACUGCGUGAUACGAUCUUUUCUAUUGAGGCUGAGAAAAGCGACCUUGUCACACGCAUUGAACAUCGAGUAGCACACGUACACUCUCUGGGAUCUUUCCAAGACACACCGUCUUUGUCGGCUUGGUGCGAUAUUAGAAUGAAAAGGCUCCUAGUGGACUAUAUGAUUCGCUAUGGAUAUACCGAUGUGGCACGCGAUAUAACGUUACAUCAUGGCCUAGAUACUCUAGUGGACCUUGGCCUAUUUCAACGUUUGCUCCAAAUUGAGGAUUCUUUACACUUUCGCGAGGGUGAUGCCUUGCCAAAUUCUUGUGAUGUUGCCCUGGAAUGGUGUUCUGAGAAUAGGGCUGUGCUUCGGAAGAUCAAUAGCAGCUUGGAGCUGGAGCUCAGGCUUCAAGAAUUCAUUGAAUUAGUGCGGCCUGGAACUAUGGAGGGCCGUCGGAAGGCUGUA